AUGGAGACUCGGAUCCUGGAGCCUCGUCAGCGCCCGGCAGGGGAACACCUGGAACCACGAAAACCGAAGGAUCCCAAAUGGCGUGCACAGCAUGGGGAUUUGCGCUCAGAUUUGGGGCCCAUGUUUCCAAUCGUCAACUUGCGCUAUCCCGAUGGGGCCCCUGCCGUGCAAUGUCAGGCUGAUGGCUCUGGAGUCGCCACCUAUCCCAGCGGCCGCAAAGCUGUCUGCGUUCUGCCGCACCACCAGUCGCGGCGCUUCAGCUGCCUAGUCUACGCGCGCAGCGAGGUGCCCGUGCGUUCGGCGGUGCCCGACGAGGAGCGGCCGAAGCAGCGCCCGCCGCACCCGGACGAUGCCAAGAGGCGUCGUACGCGCCACUUGGGCGCCUUGGACGACUGGGGCCUCGGCAUUUUGGAGGCCUUGGACGACGGCAGCGGCCGGGGAAGCUACGAGGUCACGGCCACGCACGUCACGGUCAACCCUGGCCCGGCCGGCGGCCGCACGCGCCUCGCGCGGGCCGCGCCGGCCGCGGAGCGCACGGAGGUCUUGUCCCUGCGGCUGAGCCCGGAUUUGACGCCCGGUGUGGAAACUCGGAAGUGGAAGUGGAUUAAGAGUCCCUUGGCUGCCAGCCCUUCCACCUAUAAGAUGACCGAAAGGGUCACGCGUCCCUUAGAGGUGGCGGAGCAGAUCGAGUUGGCAUCGCAGAAACAUUUGGACAGCGCCAACUGCAAGAUGGAGACGACGCUGAAACUGCAGGCAACACUGAAGAAUAGCACUUCAUGUCCGUCCUUGCCUGCUGACAAGACCCUGAAAAAGUCCCACUCGGAGGCUACGAUGCGGCUUCCCCUGGAGCAUUUCCAGACUCUCAGCCAGGGGCGCUUGGAUUUCAAACAAGAGCACCAGCUGAAAGUGCUGACGGGAAAGGUUCAUCCCUCUCUGGCGAGACCCAAAAUCGGCAAAACGAUGAGAGAAGGCUACAUGUGGCCAGCGGCGCAUCCGGGAAAGGUUCCAGUGGAUCCCAUCAGGAUCGCACCUCCCUUGUCCUUAGAGAAGAUCGCAAGCCAUGAAGUGGAAAAGCGCGCGGGCUCACUUGAAGCUGGACAGCUGUUGGCUGUUCUGGUUGUGGCCAGCUGGUCGAAGCAAUCGAACUACAGCUCCAGUGCGCACGCCGAGAUCGUGGCGCAAGCGGCUUGGUCCGAGCUCAAAGCCUCUGGCGAGGAUCGCUUGAUCUUCUGCCUUACCGACCUUUCGGAAGCUGGGGCGAUUUACUCAAGUACCAAGUUCGAAAACCCCUUAGUGGUGAAGUAUGGGGUGAAGGAAGCCCCGUGGCUGUUGCUCUUCGCGCGUGGAGAGCUGAUCUUCAGCGAAAACCCCCACGCGCCGCGCAGUGGCGGCGGCCUGGGCUUCGCUGCCAGACUCAGGUACAAGGCCUUCGCCCUUCCUCAGGUUCUCAUCGUGGAGCCUGCACCCAACCCCUCGGCGCUCCAGCAGCAGGCGGCACAGGUCGCCAUGGAGUCCAACGGGCGAUUAAAUGGCACGCAGAAUGUGGUCAAUAACUUCCAGUUGCAGCUGCAAACUCAAGAGGUGCUGAAGCGCGGAGGCUACGACUAUGAGUUGGCGAUCACUAGCAGCGAUGCUAUGCGUUUAGCCAGCUGUGCGCAGCCGCCUUAUGGCCUGUUGCUCUGUAGCUCUCAGGUUCCGGCCAGCGCCAUUACUGAGCUCACAUCGCGGAUGCGGCAGCGCAAUCCCAAGGUCUUGGCGUUUCUUUGCCACGACGCCAAGCAGUUGGGCGGCCUUGACGAGGCCACACAGAAUCUCAUCGACCAGCAACAGGUGGCAGGGGUCAUCUAUCGCCCCAUCACGCGCAGCGCCCUUCAGCGCGCUCUUCGUGGGCACCCUGAAGCCAAUGUGCAGUACCCGACCUGCGGCAUGGUGAAAGAGGAUAUUGUGGACCUCCUCAAACUCAAAUUGGGGAGUUUGUGA